CCGACCACACAUACACAUCCACUCCUCCUAGCCAUUUAUCACAUUAUAAACCAAAGCCUAUCCCUUCUCAUCUAUUCCAUUUCGCGCUUAUUCUUGAAUCGAAUGGCACAAACCGUACAGAAGCGCAAGAGACCGACCGGUGCCACACAAGAGGAUAGUUCAGAAGAACCCGGGCCCUCCAAGCGGCCCAAACACCCAACAGCGCGUAAGAGCACUGGUAGGGAAAAACCAGCUCCUGCUUCUGCAAGGGGUGGAAAAAUACGAGCCUCGAACGCAGGCGCAGAGGACGAGCGGGAUCAACAGCGGAAGAAACGUCGUUAUCGUCCUGGUACUCUCGCAUUACGCGAAAUUCGGAAGUAUCAACGGAGCACAGACUUGCUGUUGCGCAGGCUUCCUUUCUCGCGUGUGGUACGUGAAAUCGCGAUGGAUAUGAUGACAGACACAAAUUACGAGAGAGGGGAGACUGGACUAAGGUGGCAGAGCUCAGCAAUCAUGGCUUUACAAGAAGCUACUGAGGCAUUCUUAGUUCAUUUGUUCGAGGAUGCCAAUUUGUGUGCAAUACACGCCAAACGCGUAACAAUCAUGCAGCGCGACAUUCAGCUUGCUCGAAGAAUAAGGGGGCCGUGGGGUGGUUUAGGGUAGGGGUUGAUUGUGGAUAUUUAUACAAUUAUUUGCGUCCACUACGAAGGCAUUCAAGUUUAUAUAUCGCACUCAUUAUAAUGACAAGCAUUUCCUACUGAGAACGAUGUGCAUUGUACAUGAAAUUAGAUGAAGUGAAAGCAUGAAGUUGGACUCGGCCAAGAGCAUAUCGAGAACAUAUGCCCGCAGUACCGCGUAAAAU